AUGUCUGCUGCUGAAUCAAAGCAAUCUGUUGAAGUUUUAGCUGAACUUUUCAAUAAGUUAGCUGUUGCUACCCCUGAAAAUGUUGAUGCUGCUGCAUCCAAUGUUUCCUCAUUCUUGAAUGGUGAAAUCAUUGAACACGAUGUCCCAGUCGAAUUCUUUGCUGAAUUAAAGAAGGCUAUCAAGGACAAGAAGACCGCUGCUAACGCUUUAGAAGCAGUCGCACACAUUGCUUCGGCUAACGACUUGGCACCAUCUGUUGAACCUUAUGUCAUUGCUUUAACUCAAGAUGUUGCUGAAAAAACCGGUGACAAGGAUGCUGUUGUUAGAGAUGUCGCUUCUAAGGCUUUGAACGCUUUAGUUAGAGCUGUCACUCCUGUCGCUAUCAAGGAUAUCUUGCCAAGAUUAGUUGAAAGAUUAUCAACCACUUCUAAAUGGCAAGAAAAGGUUGCAGUUUUAUCUGCAAUCGCAAUCUUUGUUGAAACUGCAAAGGACCAAUUGGCUUUGAGAAUGAUUGAAUUGAUUCCAGUCUUAUCCGAAGCUAUGUGGGAUACUAAGGUUGAUGUCAAGAAGGCUGCAACUGAAUGUAUGACCAAAUGUACUGCAACUGUUGAAAACAAGGAUAUUGAACCAUUUAUUCCAAAGUUGAUUUCUUCUAUUGGUAACCCUAAGGAAGUUCCAGAAACCGUCCACGCUUUAGGUGCAACUACCUUUGUCUCUGAAGUUACAACUGCUGCUUUAUCCAUCAUGUCCCCAUUAUUAUCUAGAGGUUUGGCUGAGAGAGAUACCUCUAUUAAGAGAAAGUCUGCUGUUAUUAUCGACAACAUGUGUAAGUUAGUCGAUGAUCCUCAAGUCAUCACCCCAUUCAUGUCUAAGUUGUUCCCAGCUUUGAAGGCUAACUUGGACGUUAUUGCAGAUCCAGAAGCUAGAUCUGUUACUGAUAGAGCAUUAAACACUUUAAGAAGAGUUGGUGCUAUUCCAGAAGAUGAUUCCAUUCCAGAAAUCUCCCACGCCGGUGAUGUCAAGGUCAACUUGGAUAUUUUGGAAAAAUUAACUGCAAACACUCCAGAAAGAUUCAAUGUUGUUAAAUCUUAUGUUGCUGCUAUUGCAGGUGAUUUGAUUGAUGAAAGAAAGAUUGAUCCACAAGCAUGGAGCUCUUCUUUAUCUCCUUUCUUGACCAUCUUCUUACACGAAAAGGAAUCCAAGGAUAUCAUUGAAGAAUUCAGAAAGACCUCUGUCGACAACAUUCCUCAACCACCAGUUUGGGAAGAUGAAGAUGAUGAAGGUGAAGACUUAUGUAACUGUGAAUUCUCCCUUGCUUAUGGUGCUAAGAUUUUGUUAAACAAGACUCAAUUAAGACUAAAGAGAGGUAGAAGAUAUGGUUUAUGUGGUCCAAAUGGUGCUGGUAAGUCCACCUUAAUGAGAGCUAUUGCUAACGGUCAAGUUGAAGGUUUCCCAUCCCAAGAUGAAUGUAGAACCAUUUACGUUGAACACGAUAUCGAUGGUACCCACGCAGACACCCCAACCACCGAUUACGUUGUCGCUGAAGGUGAUUGUGGUGACAGAGAAACCGUUAGAGCUAAGUUGUUAGAAUUCGGCUUCUCCGAAGAAAUGUUGGACAGACCAAUCUCUGCAUUAUCUGGUGGUUGGAAGAUGAAGUUAGCUUUAGCAAAGGCUGUCUUAAAGAAUGCUGAUAUUCUAUUAUUGGAUGAACCAACUAACCAUUUAGAUGUUGUUAACGUUGACUGGUUAGUCAACUACUUAAACACUUGUGGUAUUACCUCUAUUACUGUCUCUCACGACUCUGGUUUCUUAGACAGAACCACCCAAUACAUUAUCCACUAUGAAGGUUACAAGUUAAGAAAGUACAAGGGUAACCUUUCUGAAUUCAUCAAGAGAGUCCCAGCAGCUAAGGCUUAUGAAGAAAUUGGUGCUUCUGACCUUGAAUUCAAGUUCCCAGAACCAGGUUUCUUAGAAGGUGUUAAGACCAAGCAAAAGGCUAUUGUCAAGGUCUCUAACAUGUCCUUCCAAUACCCAGGUACUGCAAAGCCACAAAUUUCCGACAUUAACUUCCAAUGUUCCUUAUCUUCUAGAAUUGCCGUCAUUGGUCCAAAUGGUGCUGGUAAGUCCACCUUGAUUAACGUCUUGACUGGUGAAUUAUUACCAACAACUGGUGAAGUUUACGUCCAUGAAAACUGUAGAAUUGCUUACAUCAAGCAACACGCUUUCGCACAUAUUGACUCCCACUUGGACAAGACUCCAUCUGAAUAUAUCCAAUGGAGAUUCCAAACUGGUGAAGAUAGAGAAACUAUGGAUAGAGCUUCCAGACAAAUCAACGAAAACGAUGAACAAGCUAUGAACAAGAUUUUCAAGAUUGAAGGUACUCCAAGAAGAAUUGCAGGUAUUCACUCCAGAAGAAAGUUCAAGAACACUUACGAAUAUGAAUGUUCUUUCUUAUUAGGUGAAAACAUUGGUAUGAAGUCUGAAAGAUGGGUUCCAAUGUUAUCUGUUGAUAACGCUUGGUUACCAAGAGGUGAAUUAGUUGAAUCUCACUCUAAGAUGGUUGCUGAAGUUGAUAUGAAGGAAGCUUUAGCUUCUGGUCAAUUCAGACCAUUGACUAGAAAGGAAAUUGAAGAUCACUGUGCUAUGUUAGGUUUAGAUGCAGAAUUAGUUUCCCACUCUAGAAUCAGAGGUUUGUCUGGUGGUCAAAAGGUUAAGUUGGUCUUAGCAGCAUGUACAUGGCAAAGACCUCACUUGAUUGUUUUAGAUGAACCAACUAACUAUCUUGACAGAGAUUCUUUAGGUGCAUUAUCUAAGGCAUUGAAGGCAUUCGAAGGUGGUGUUAUUAUCAUUACUCACUCUGCUGAAUUCACCAAGAACUUGACUGAAGAAGUCUGGGCUGUUAACAACGGUAAAAUGAUUCCAUCUGGUCACAACUGGGUCCAAGGUCAAGGUUCCGGUCCAAGAUUAUCCAAGAAGGAAGAUGAAGAAGACAAGUUCGAUGCUAUGGGUAACAAGAUCGCUGCUACUAAGAAGAAGGCUAAGUUAUCUUCUGCUGAAUUAAGAAAGAAAAAGAAGGAAAGAAUGAAGAAGAAGAAGGAAUUAGGUGAUGCUUACGUUUCUUCCGAUGACGAAUUCUAA